AUGGCGCCGUUCCAGAUGCGGUUCGGACACCAGAUCUCUCCCGCGCGCUCCGACGACGCCGAGGAGGAGGAGGAAGAGGACGACGAGGAGGAAGAGCUUGAGGAGGAGUAUGACGAGAUGGAGAGCGAGGGGACGGCCUCGCCGCCGAUGAUGCUCCGGGCAGGGAGGGGAGCAGGAGGAGGAGGAGGGGGAGGGCUGGUGGGAGCCGUCGUGGGGGCGCUGCGGAGGUCGCUGGUGAUGUGCAGCGCCGGCGCCGUGGGUGUCGACGACGACGACGAGGAGGACGGCAGCGAGGACGAGGGGAUCGAGAUUGGGCGGCCCACGGACGUGCGGCACGUCUCGCACGUCACCUUCGACCGUUUCGGCGGCUUCCUCGGCCUCCCCGCCGACCUCGAGCCAGACGUGCCGCGGCGCACGCCCAGUGCCAGUGUAAGUGUAUUUGGAAUUUCACCUACCUCUCUGCAAUGUUCAUAUGAUCGAAGAGGAAACAGCGUGCCCACAAUAUUGCUAAUGAUGCAGAGGAAGUUAUAUGAGCGUGAAGGACUUAAGAUUGAAGGGAUCUUUAGGAUUAAUGCAGAAAAUAGCCAGGAAGUCUAUGUCAGGGACCAAUUAAACAGUGGAGUGGUUACAAAUGAAGUUGACUUGCACUGCCUUGCCGGGCUGAUAAAGGCAUGGUUUCGGGAGCUUCCUUCAGGUGUAUUGGAUGCACUAACACCAGAACAAGUAAUGCACUGCAACACGGAAGAGGAGUGCGCUCUCUUUGCUUCUAUGCUACCACCAGUUGAAGCAGCAUUACUUGAUUGGGCCAUUAAUCUGAUGGCUGAUGUUGUAGAGCAAGAAAACUACAACAAGAUGAAUGCCCGGAACAUCGCUAUGGUUUUUGCACCUAAUAUGACUCAGAUGGCCGAUCCAUUAACUGCCCUGAUACAUGCAGUUCAGGUGAUGAAUUUCCUCAAGACUUUAAUCAUGAAGACAUUAAAGGAAAGAAAGGAGAAAGAUGGAGUACUUCAGGCAUCGCAAUCAUGCUCUGGUUCUCCAAAUGACCAAGAUGAACAUCAGAUGUCAGAGCACUUGGAGAAACCUUCAGUUCUGUCAAGUCAAAAAGACUUUGAUUUUCCCAUGAUUGAUAGGGACACUCCUGUUCAAGUCCUUGGAGCUGAGAAAGCUCUCCAUCAUGACUCACAAAUCCGUUCUGAUGAGCCAAAAAAGUUUGGAAUUGGUAUGGACCACAAGAAAAGCCAAAGUGAUGUUUCCUCUCUUGGCAGCGAUUCGAACAAUCGAUUCAACAGUUCUGGAAGAGAAUUCAGCAGUUCUGGAAGAGAAUUUGGUAACAGAAAUGGCGAAGGCUUGUUCGACAGAUUUAGUUUUAGGAAAGGGGUUGAGAGGCUUUGCAGGCAUCCCGUGUUUCAGUUGAGUAGGUCCAUGAAGAAGUCUGCAGAUGUCGUGGUCUUUGAUGCCCCGCGAGAAGCAAGACAAGCUUGGGUAUGA